UCUUUUGUUUCUAAUCUCUGUUUAACGUUAACAAUCCGCUACCCGUUGGCCGUAAUCCUCGUCUGGUCCGUCCGAGUAUUAAACGGCUAUUAGAGAAUCAUGGCUACCGUGGUGAUGUCACCGUCACUGCGUAUGGUGACCUAUCGAGCGUACCUGUUGACUUCAUGAGAGAAGUCUUUUCCAGUGGAAUCAAUCUUAACGUCGUCACCCCCCGUCACUACAACAUCUCGGACCUAAUUGAUACCUCCGACAUAGAUCCACCUCCAACUAAUUUUAUGGUUUUAUCUCCUCGGAAAGAAUGCGGUCGUUUAUCUGACUUACUAAAAAAGUAUGGUCACAACCCUCUCCAGCCGUUUCCUUUUGAGUCUUUUGAAAGCAUAAUUAUGGAAGAUUCAGAGGAGGAAACAGGUGGAUCUCCCUUGUGGGAUUGCUUAAUAUGCCGCGGUGAUCCUCCUGGACAUAUCUUUGAAAAUCUCAUCGCUCAUCUGUCUCAUAAAGAACAUCAUCGUCAUUUUCGUCACGAGAUGGCUACAAGAUGGAUGCCUCCUGAUCCGGACGACGACGCUGCCGUGGUGCAUUCGCCGGCCAAUGCGAUGCUGACGAACUAUGCACCUCCACCUCCUCAUGUGAUAGACUGGGAGGUUGCAAAGGUUGUGGGUGAGACAGUGGUCUUUUGGGACAUCAAUUCGUGUCCCGUUCCCCCUGGCUUUGAUGCUAGUCUGGUCGGUCUGUGCAUCAAACGGUUCUUGAGGAAAGAAGGCUACUCUGGUCAUGUCACCAUCGAAGCCAUUGGCGUUCUAGCAGACGUCCCUAAUGACACUCUGGAAAAAGUCUAUUCCGGUGGAAUCACUCUUCAUAACGUCCCCUACGGUCCCUCAGACACUGUGAAGCUCGUUUUUGAGCGUUCCAAUAGGCCUGGUCCUCUAUGUAACAUAAUGGUCAUAUCCAAUGCCAAAAUCUUUGCUUGGGAGUCUAAGUCUCAAACAUUGAGAUGCAACCUUCUAAAGCCGUUUCCCAUCGAUUCUCUUCAGCGCUUUUGUGUGGCAGACUCAGGGCAAGUUGAGGAGGAUCAGUGCAGUGAAACGGGUGAAUCUGCCUUCUUGAUUUGCUCAUUAUGCAACUACCAUAGUCUUCCCUUCCACAGAUUUGGAAGUUUUGCCAUGCAUCUCAACAGUAGACGCCAUCAACAGAAGUUGUCGGAGCUGUUGCCCAUAAGUAAGCAACUCCAGUGCUUGAGUGCACCACUAAGUGAGCCUCCUGAGAAAGACCUGGGGGCUGUAACAUCGGUCUUUUGGGACAUCAAUAUGUGUCCGGUUCCACCAGGCUGUGUUCCUCGUCGCGUAGGUCCGUGUAUUAAACAGUUUUUGGAGAAUAAAGGCUACUCUGGUCCUCUCACCAUCACUGCCAUUGGCGUACUAACAGACGUCCCUAAUGACAUUCUGGAAGGAGUCUAUUCCAGUGGAAUCUCUCUUAAUAACAUCGCCUCUGUUUCUGAAACAGGGUUUUUUGCCACUGUUGAUCGUCUAAUUUGUGAGUUUACUGUUGAGAAUCCACCUCCAGCUAAUCUAAUGGUCAUAUCCGACGCAAAAUCCUUCACUUCUGAUGAUGCAUUCUCGCUAGAAUCGAGGGGAUACAACAUUCUUCAGCCGGUUCCAUGUGAUUCUCUUGAAAGAUUUUUCUUGGCAGCUUCAGAGGCACUUGAGGAGGAGGAUAAGUGCAGUGAAACCAGUGAAUCUGCCUUCUGGAUUUGCUCGGUAUGCGACGAUCUUCGUGGCCAAGGGUUUGGAAGUUUUACCACUCAUGUUACUAGUUGGUCACACAAGCGGAAGCUGUUGGAUUGGUUGCCUGGGAAUGCUCGGUUUCUUCGUAAGGAGUGUGCUCCCAACCAUGGUGACCAAGGCAAGUUAUUAUAUAUCUGAUAACGUU